UCCAGUGGGGUUCGUCUGAUUGUAAACAAAACGCGAAUUAAUCGUUUUUUAUUGGAAUUAGCCAGAAAUUGGAUCGAUCGGUGCAUCUCCAAGAGUUACAGAGCGAGUAGCUAUCAACAAUAAGAAGAUUUGGCAUGAGAAAUGUUAGAAAUGGACGUGAGAAAUCAAAAAUUAGAACAACAAAGACAAAUAAUGGAACAGAAAAUGAAGCAGAAACGAAUGACGUCCGGCAUGAUCCAAGCUUCAGACGUUCGAAAAAAUUCAGCGACUUUGAGAACAAACAGCGGCAAUAGGAGAGAAUUACACGGUUAUGAUGGUCCGUUACAGUACAGCAUGGCUAGGGACAACAACCCUGAUCAAGUUAUAUCAAUAUUGUCAAGUCCUGACAGUGCUGAUGACACUGUAGUUGAAGAUUUGACAAACACCGCUUCAAAUGACCUUAUGGAUGUUGAAGACGAUGAAUCGUCCCCAAUCGCCUCCACCCCCAACAAUGGCAACAUGCCAGUUAACCCCAUUAUCGACCAACCAGCUUUUAUCAAUAAUGGAACGGGCGAAAUCGAGGGCGACAUUGAAGGCAACGUGGAGAAAUUUGUUCUGCAACCGGCCCAACAAAAAGUUUUGUACAAAUGUAGGAUAACUAGGGAUAGGAAAGGCAUGGACAGGGGGCUGUACCCCACUUACUACCUUCAUCUAGAACGCGAUUACGGCAAGAAAGUGUUCCUCCUAGCCGCCAGAAAACGCAAAAAGAGUGCCACAAGCAAUUACCUGAUAUCAACCGACCCCACGGACCUUUCACGCAGUGCGGAGUCUUUCGUUGGCAAGUUGCGCUCUAACCUUCUUGGUACGCAAUUCACCGUCUAUGACAACGGCAUCUCUCCCCGGAAGGCCAACUUUAAGGAGGGCGUCACCCCCCGCCAAGAGCUGGCGGCUGUGACGUACGACACGAACGUGUUGGGGUUUAAGGGCCCCCGAAAAAUGACAGUGAUUCUCCCGGGGAUGACGCUAGAGCAGGAGAGGGUGGCGAUUUACCCCCAGGACGAAAGCGAGAGUCUCAUCGAGUGUUGGAAGUCAAAAAAUAUGGAUAAUUUGAUUGAGUUGCAUAAUAAAACGCCGGUGUGGAACGACGAUACUCAGUCGUAUGUUUUGAAUUUUCACGGACGGGUGACGCAGGCGUCGGUGAAAAAUUUUCAGAUUGUCCACGACAGCGAUGUGGAGUAUGUCGUGAUGCAGUUUGGGAGGGUGGCGGAGGAUGUCUUCACCAUGGAUUACCGGUACCCCAUGUGUGCUCUGCAGGCGUUCGCUAUCGCGUUGAGCAGUUUCGAUAGUAAACUCGCCUGCGAAUAAUCGAAUUUCAUUGUGCCUCACAAAAUUUGAGCUUACGGCUAAUUGUACUUAAGGUUUUAUAUACACUGGAAAAAAGUUCCGUUGUUAAGGUAAUUCUAGUCCGUUUUUAAACGAAAUGUUAUUUUUUAAGAUUUUAUAAUCAUAGAUGAUUUUUAUUAUUAAGAAUAGUUUUCUCUUUUUUUUUAUUCGAAUAUACUUUAGUGCGGCCUUAUAUUUUGCCUUAAACUAUUCGUACUCUUAGGAUUGUUUGCAAAUUUCACUUGUUUAGAGAGUAGAUCGUCAAACGAUACACAAUACAAUCAAAUUAAGUGUUUUCAGUGUCUUGGAAUUGUCAAUUCACGACCCAUUUGUUCCAAAAAUAAACACUAAAUGUUGUGUUCAAGUCGUGGAUAUAAGCUCACGAAAAUCAGUAUUUAUUGAUAGUUCAAAAUAGGACUUGGUCCGCUUGUGUAUUUAAAGAAGCUCAGGAUUUAUUUAAAAAACAUAAUUAAAUGAAAUGUAUUUUUGUAAUUACCUGAUGCUAAUUGCUUGUGUAACUUUCAUUUAUUUAUUCUUAAGUAGUUUCUAGUUGAACAUUCCAAUCUGAAUCAAACAUUUUUUGAUAUUGUUACGAGAUUUCCAACUUGUUUUAGCAGUAUUGUACACGUUUUUAUGCCUAUUGCAUUAAUAAAGAAUGAUCCACUA